AUGUUAACUGAACAACGACUUCAAAGCGAUUCUUAUAAUUUUCCCGGUGGCGUCAUUUUAUUUAUCGAAGAACUAAUCAAAAAAUUCAAAAGUCAAGUACCAAUGUUGGGGUAUAGAAACCUCUAUGGAAAAAAUGAAUAUAACGGAAAUUCAGCCCAUUCCAAAUUAAAUGAUAUCGAAUUACUUCGAAGAUUAUUCAGAGGAAUAGCCGAGGACAAUAAUUUCACAUUUAAGGCCAUCGCUGACGAAUUAAAGUCAACAAACCAUUCUAUCAGUGAAACCACAGUAGAGAAAUUUUAUCGUAAUAAAUCCGACCUUACUCUGGAUAAUAAAUUAGCUGUGCAGAAGUGGAUAGGAAAAUUUAUAGACGAAUGGAAAAAGGAUGAUCAAAAACAACAAUUAAAAAGAUUUGGAACUAUUAAAGUCAUACUUAAAAGAUUAGUAGAUGUUGAAAAUGCCAAAUCACAUUUGGCUAUAAGUAAUAAACAGGCAGAAAAAAUUGUUCGAUGUUAUGGUUUAACACUAAAUCCACCAAAUGGAAAUUAUAUGCUUAUGAUGAUGAAAAUGGAAAUAGACUUAUAG